AUGCUGGCUAGGUUUUUCUUCGCCCUUACUUCAGCUGCUUUGGCUUUGGCUUCGCCGCCAGUUCAUAACUUAUACCCAAGUCAAAGUGGCAUGCCCACAAAGCCAACCCCCGUCCUUCCAAGCAAUGGUGGUGAUUCUGAGCUUCCUGAACCCUCUGAGGGCGUGUCUCUCAAGCAUAUCGCGCUUGGCUUUGGUAUUCAAAACUACACCUGCGCCGAUACCGCUGCCGGUCCCACACCCGUCGGUGCUCUAGCUGUCCUUUAUGAUGUCACUCAUCUCUACCCCGGACAAGGCCACUCAUCUCUAACCCAGGAUGAAUGGGCCUCUCUCCCAGGGGACAUUCUCGACACCCUCAAAGUCCCUCUGAAUCUCAAUGAAAAGGGCACCGGAGCCUCUCUCGUCAAACCAUUCCGUAAGAAACAGGAUCUCAAGAUCAGAAGCCUUUCAAAGAAGAUCCCUUACCUUGGCCAUCACUACUUUAACGCUGCCGGUGUUCCGACUUUUGACCUCGACAAGGCUCGUCAACUGUUGGUUGCAAAGAAGAUCGGCGAUAUCAAAGCUCCUGCUUCUUCCCUCGCUGGGCCUGAAGGCACUGGUGCUGUGAACUGGCUUUUCCUUGGUGAUGCUGGCGGUAGCCAUGGAAUUUCUUAUGCCUACCGUGUUCUGACAGCCGGCGGUGCUUCUCACGGAUGCAAGGCGAAAGGAGCCGACAGCACUUCCUACACAGCCAUGUAUUGGUUUUAUAAUUAAACCAAAACCAUCUUCAACGGCUGACGUAUCAAAGACUAAAUAAGCCG